GGUGUGCUCAUAUGAUUGCCCCCAUCUACACGUAUGUCUACUGUAAGUAUCUCCCCACACUGCCCCCAAAUCACAAAUUUCCCACAACUGCCCUUCCUAGUAGGACAAGCCUGGAAAACCCUUGCUGACCAUUCUCUGUGCACGCUGAGGACCAAGGCAGCAAGGAGACUGGACAAAGCACCUAGGGCUCACUUCCCUUGAGAGACAAGAACUGGAAUUCCACAAUUAAGCUCUGGGAUAUCAAAGCAAUGCCCACAGCAAUAAAUGGUGAUGAAGUAGUUUGUAAAGGACAUGUAUUCAGCCAGCCUGGACAGACAGUGAGAGCUGAUUAUAGCCUGGAUUAUGGCCUUUCUGCCAUGAGUGAAUACAUGGAUUACACCAGCAAGGAUUGUGAUCCAAUAAUAGAGCCUACAGAUCCCACCACAAAGGUGACAACCAAAAAAACAACCACCACAAUGAAGACCACACGGGUGAUAUCUACCACAAAAACAAGCACAGUGCCCACUACUGUCACAACAAAAAUGACCACAGAGUCCACAGUUGUCACCACAAAAAAAACUCCAGCAUCCACGACAGUCAAAGUGAAGACCACCAAGCUCACCGUUGAGCCCCCUGUGGACCCUCUCCUUUACUGGGUUCUCGCCCCAGCCCUGGUCAUCAUGCCUUUGUUGAUCUGCUGCAUCUGCUGCUGUGGGAGGAACAAGGAGCAGAAACAGGAGCCAAGGAAGACUUGCCCCUUGGUGAUUAUCCCCUGUUGUUGCCAAGAAGAGAGCAUUUCAAGGAUAGAGAGCAAAUUGGAUUCCUUGUGCAACAUUGUUCUAAGCUGCCACCAGGGGCCCAGAGACGAGGGGCGGUGCAUCAACUUGAAUUUAUUAAAUCCCCACUGUAUGGACAUGUCCAGUGACCCAAAUCUUGACCUUCAGCCCAACCUGGAGUGCUUUCGUCUCAACAACUCCUGCUCUUUGUUCCAAAAUCCCCCACCCAUAAGCUCCCAGCCUCCGUCCAGGAUGCUGCCUCUGACCUCUGCUGCUGAUGAGGUGCUCUGCAGUACCCCUUUGCCACUCCCACCCCCAUAGUCCAGUGGUAAAAACCUA